GGGAGCUGGAGUCCAACAACAUUUGGUAUCGUUCAGUCGGUAGAGCAUGGGACUCUUAAUCUCAGGGUUGUGGGUUCGAGCCCCACAGUGGGCAAAAGAUUCCUGCUCAGGGUCCCUUCCAACUCUACCAUUCUAGUAUUCUAUUUAGAGAACCACAGGCUCCCCCAGCCCUGAUCCGUGUCCACAAGCUCAAUUGCUGUGCUUCACUUGUUUCGCCUUAUGAAUGCAGGGUUGAAGGAAAUGCAAGGGACACAAACGCAAGGGGAGAUUUUAGGAUUGUGGGAAUGUACUGUACUUCAUUUCGUGUGUGUUCUUGAACCUUAAAGUCCACCAUUGGACAUGUGAGUCUCAAAACCACGGCUGCCUCUGCAUACACAAGGCACAGAUGCUUUGGUUGGCAACUAGAAUUCGUGGGAGUUGUACUCCAGAACGUUUGGAGAGCAUCAAGAUGCGGAAGGUCGUUCUGUGUUAGCUGUUGUUAGUCCAUCAGCAAAAAGUACCGCAACAACUUCUGAAGUCUUGCUUGGCACUUAAGAAGAGGAGGAGGAGGAGCCUGAAAAUCUGGCUGGAGGCUAGAAUUGUUGACAUAGCACUAAACCAUGGUUUAGUGUUUCGUCUGAAAGCAUCCAGUGUAUAUCAAAGGGCUCCGAGCCAUCGGAGAACUGCUGUAUGAAUGCUAAGCAUCGUUGCACUCAUCCAGAAAUUCAGAGGUGCUGACGAAAUAAAUUUGGAACCCUCCUGACAAUGUAAAACAACAACACAAUUAUGAAAAAUGACAAGCUAAAAGCAUGCCUGUCAAAUGGCAGUCAAGUUUCUCUCUCUUAUUAUGACUGCUUACUCAGAAAUGAUCGCAGUUGUCUUAUUUACGUGACUACCCCAGCUGAGUUUCUGCCCUUGCAAAUCCAAGAAUCCUGUCUCAGUUAUACAAGGACCAGCGAGUCUCAGUUUCCUUGGAAUUAAUUGUUUUGUCUCGCAAAAGUAUCCAUUAAGAAACAAGGCGAUGGAGUAAAAUGCAGGGCGCCAUUAUUUUUAUUAGAGGUUAAAUUGACUUUCCUCCAUUAGAAGGACUUUGUCAAAUAUUGCCGCAUGCAGCUGAAAAUGAAAACCGGCUUUGCUUAUCUGAAAUAUAAAUGCUUCUCCCUCUCCUUUCCCACAUCAAUCCAGCGAAAACAGAUUUUGGGGAUAAUCACAAGGUUUCCACUAGCUUGCCUUACCUCAUUUUAAAAAUCUUAGCACAUCCGAGUCUUUCUGCAUUUGAUGCCCUAUGUUCUAGAAUCUCAGAGUUGCCUUCCUUUGAUGCUCACUGUUCGUACACAGAAUUUAAAUGUAAGAUCAAAUAGUGCUUUGGGUAUAAGAUGGUUGCCUGGUUUGCCAGGGCUGAGUCUUUUUUUCUGCUGUGGUGUGUGAUAUUUGAGGGGGGGGAACCCCAGUAAGCACCUGGUGAUUCAGGGUGACCUUUUUCUGCGAGGGCCACAUCGCCUUGGAAUGAUCUGUCAAGGGCCACAUGGCAGGUGGGUCUGGAGCUGAAACUGGGUAGGGGCAGAGCUAGAGGCGGGCGUGAUUCCCCCCACUUUACUCUCUUCCUCCUUGCCACCCACAUGGGGUCAAAGGUCAAAUGAAAUGGGAUCACAGGCCUCAGAUUGCCCACACCUGAUUCAGUACCCUUCUCCAUUGGUGCCCAGGGUACAUUUCGCCACGUGAGCCAGGUGCAUAGGAAUAAUUUUUCCAGUGAACCCUAUUGAUGCGGCUUGUAGAAAACUCACCCAGACUUGAGCACUGAGUCAUGCUUAGCGAGGCAGUGGAGGGGUGGGGAAAUUGCUGAAGGAGUUUCCAUUGGUUCCUCCUGUUCUUGUUUGCUGAACUCAAGUCUGAUCCACCAAGGCCCUGAGCAUUACAGACCAAAUUGUCCCUUAACUACGAAAGGGAAAUGGGGCAAACAUGGUUGCUUAGGAAAUGUCACCUGCAGCUAAGCCCCACUGAACCAGUGUUAGAAACUCAGACAUAUAAGCUAGGCGCCAAAUGGCUCCUAAAACCAGGGUUACAGUCGCCAAAACGGAGUGUCUAGUUGCCAUUUUGGGGCCAGACAGCUCGAAAGCUGUAUUUUUCAGUACGACGUUUUGGUUCCGGAAAUUCAUUCUGAUUGUGCAGAUAAAAUAUUGCGGUUAGCAUUUUGCAGGAUGAGUUGCUUGCGUGUGAAAGCAGUCAAGAUCCAAGGGUCCCCAGGCAUGCACCUCCAGACGGUGGAGAUGUCAGGCACCAUCCUGGCACCCGGGCACCUUCACUUGGUCGCAAGUAGCCGAAAGCCAGGUGCCAAAUGUGCCUGGCGAAUUUCAAACACUGCUUUCAGCUGCAGCUAAGCCCCACCAAACACAACUCCCAAGGAAACAUGCAUAGGACUUAUUGCCUUCCUAAAACACAUUGGUGCGCCACGAUUCUAGGUUUGUUCAUUUGAGAGACUGAAGUUAGCCCUAUCCUAUUUCAAAACACACUUGCUCCCUCUGUGAGCAGAGAUGCCUUUGCAAACAGGGGCCCUUUUAGUGCUUAGGCAGAGCAGGGGGUAGCUACCCAGUCAAACUUCCUGUUGGGCUAUUGCAGACAUAAAUCCAGCCAAUCCACUUCGUUUAUGGCCUCCUCUCCCACAGCAAUAAAAUUUUUAACUCUUUUUGGAAGGGUCAUUCUAGCAGAAUAAACACAGACAGACUCUCGGCAUCUCUGCAUAGCCAUUCUUAUUUGACUUCACGCUCCAUGGAUUAGUGUGCUUGGCUGGUUGCAUGAGCUGCCCAGCCUGGAAUGAUCAUAAAUCUGUCCCUCACCUGCUUCUGACAGGUGUAUUGCAAACAAUACUCAAGGGUACAAGACAUUUUGCUGCCCUGGAAUUUUAAUGGUGGUAGGGCUGUGCCUGCAACUUCGACAGUUUUAUUAUCUUUAAAUAUUAAUCCAAAUCUUUACGGAGGAAAGGUGGAGAUCUGCCCUGAUAGCUGCUCCGAACAUUGCGUUUGUUGUUAUUGACGAUCGUAUCUUUCCUUCUAAUAGCAAACUCAGCCGAUUAAGUGACGGCAUAAUUGUUGGCCAAACAGGGCAACUGACGAAUAGGGUCAUGUCAACAUGCUCGGAGGCAGAAGUACACAGCAUAAGUAGUUCCUCCCUACCAGUUCUGGUGGAGUCAUAAGAACGUAAGAAAAAUCCACUGGAUCAGGCCAGCUGCUCAUCCAGUCUAGCAUCCUGUUCACACAGCGGCUAGCCGAUGGCUGAUGGAAGCCCACAAGCAGGAUCUGAUCGCAAGAGCACUCUUCCCUCCUGUGACUUCCAGCAGUUGGUAAAGGGUUGUCAAAAUGACUGUGCCACUGGAUGUAUGGAGGCAGCCACAAAGCAUGCGAUCGAAUCUUUCAAGGCUGCUGAUCUAAUCAUCACCCCGUCUGCAACUUUCAAAGAGAAGCCAGACCCAAAUGGCCUGGUGUUUGGGACUGUCUUCACCGACAACAUGCUCUUUGUCGAAUGGUCGCUGGCUUCCGGGUGGGAGAAGCCUCACAUCAAACCUCUGGAAAACCUCUCGCUGCACCCAGCCAUCUCUGCUCUUCACUAUGCCGUCGAACCAAGAGGACUGACAGAGGCGAAACUGCUCCAAAUGCUAUGGCUCAAUGAAUAUACACUCUUCGAAGGCAUGAAGGCGUACCGAGGGGUGGAUGGCAAAAUCCGCUUGUUCCGUCCGGGACUCAACAUGGACAGGAUGCUACGGUCAGCUCUGCGGGCGACUUUGCCAGGAUUUGACAAAGAAGAGCUUUUGGAGUGCAUCCGGAAACUCGUGGAAGUCGAAAAGGAGUGGGUGCCGUACUCGACCUCCGCUAGCUUGUAUAUUCGCCCUACUUUAAUAGGGACAGAGCCAUCCCUUGGAGUCAAGAAGCCGUCGAAAGCCCUCCUCUAUGUCAUACUGAGUCCUGUAGGCCCGUACUUUUCGAGCGGCAGCUUCAACCCCAUAGCCUUAUGGGCAGAUCCAAAAUAUGUCCGAGCCUGGAAAGGAGGAACCGGGGACUGCAAGCUGGGAGGGAACUACGGCUCCUCUAUCUAUGCCCAGCGGGAAGCCAUGGAAUUAGGCUGCCAGCAGGUUCUCUGGCUGUACGGAGACGACCAUCAGAUUACGGAAGUCGGGACCAUGAAUCUCUUCCUGUACUGGCGAAAUGAAGAUGGAGAAGAGGAGCUGGCGACCCCACCCCUAGACGGCAUAAUUCUUCCUGGCGUGACAAGACAGAGCAUUUUGGACUUGGCGAGCAAGUGGGGAGAAUUCAAGGUGUCAGAGCGAUACGUCACCAUGAGCGAUCUGAUAGCUGCUUUGAAGGAAAAUCGAGUGAAGGAGAUGUUUGGUGCUGGGACGGCUUGCGUGGUGUGCCCCAUUUCUACAAUAUUAUACCUUGGCGAGAAUUUGCACAUUCCAACCAUGGAAAACGGACCUCAACUAGCUUCGCGUUUCUUGAACCAGCUGAGUGAUAUCCAAUACGGAAGGGAAGACAGCGAGUGGGCGGUCGUCGUGUCGUGAGCGGAGAAGAGCGGUGAAGGCCCAGACCUUCGGUCCACACCACAAGGCAGGCUGAAGUACCACCUGAGCGAUGACCAGUUUUACCGUAGCUCCGUGUAGAGUAGUCUGUGUGUUUAUCACUUUGUCCCUGGGCUGGGAGGGUGAUUAUUUCCACGUGACAGGGAGUGUGAACACAAACCGUUUUUGAUUUUUCUACUGUGAUUUUUUGCUCUAGAGUAGAAACCUGUCUUCUGGUAGAGGUGCUAGUGUAAGCAAUAGACACUUUCCCACCCGAAGGGUUUGCUAUGUUUCGCUUGUGUCCCUGGUACAGUCGACAGGUGUGUUUUCAAGCAAAAAUGUUCUUCAACUGCUCUUCAGUGCAAGCCAAAUACGACUUUACUUAACUUCUAAAGCACAGACUAGGCUGUUCCAUGCAACCCAAUUGCCAAAUUACUCAGAGAAACCCUUUGCUGUCUCUGGAGUCUUCUCUUUGUUUCCAGCCUUGGAAGAUCACAGAAUUGAUCUUCAAGAUAGAGAUGUAUCUUGCCUUCAUUUUGGGGGGUGGGAUGUUGUGAAACAUUUCUCCUGGACUCAGUGGGAUCUCCUUUAGUAUGUUUCCUACUUCUUUGUAUUGGUCACCAAAGCCAUGUCUCAUAGCUGUGGAACCUUCUAAGAAAGGAUAGGAUCAGAUUUCCCUGCGGUGCCCAAUGACACCAUCCCUUGAGUGGGUUCAGAUGACCUCUUUUUUUCUCCCUCACUGAAAGAGAUUUCCGCAGUCAUUGUCACCGGCCCUACCAUUAGGCUGCAGAUGCUGGCAAAGUGUUAGAGGGCAGAGCUGUGUAUGCUAAGCUAGCCUGUUGUUUUUGCAUAGCUGCCAAGUUCCGGCCUGAGAAAUAAGGGACUGGACCGGAAGUAGCGCUGCCGCCAUUUUGGAACUGGGCGGAGCAUGCUCAGAAGCUACUUUUGAUGCUGCUCUGCCCUGUUCCAAAAUGGCCGCCGCACCAGAAGUCGCGCUGCAACCAUUUUGGAACUGGGCAAAGCAACAUCAAAAGUCGCUUCUGAGCAUGCUCCGCCCAGUUCCAAAAUGGCCGCCGCACCAGAAUAAACUGGGAAAAACAAAAAAAACCUGUUUUUCCGGCUGGGAACAGCUGGAAAAACGGGGGUUUCCCGGGGAAUACGGGAGACUUGGCAGCUAUGGUUUUUGUGUGCAGUUUCCUUACUAGUAGGGACGUCACAUUCAGCUGUUUGUCUGCAAGGGAAGGGGGUAGGAUCUUGCCCUUCACCUCAGGCAGCAAAAUCUCUUGGGCCAGCUCUGUGAAGUAUUGUGCGGAACUAAACUGUUGGGUGGAGCAGGGGGGGGAGGCGUUUCCAUUGCACAAUGGCUUCCCUAUCCAUUACAUUUUGAGCCAGUUACCAGAUAAUGUGGCUAUCACACAGCCCAACAAACUUUAAAAUCCCUUUGGGCGUUCCAGUUCUGUGUAGCUUCUGCAGCAGCUUGUCCUUGGAAGCAAGUGGCUGCGGAGUCCCACAAUUUGUUCCACCGUCUGGCUCCCCUCCUCACCUGUAACACUGCCAAGGCCAGACAAGUUGAAGGUCGAAGCUGCUCAUCUGACUACAGCCUUAGUCAACUGGAAAAGACAACAAGGCGAUGUUUCAAGCAUCCUGAGAUGUUGGAAAGUCUCCGAACUUGAACCCCAAGGUCCACCGACCAGAGGUCACUGCAACGUAGGGGCAGAUGCACAAUGGGGGCUCAGCAGGUCUCUAUCUUCUGUACCCCAUGAGCCAAGUCUGAUCUACCACAGGUCAGGCAUUCUAGUUUGGGAUGCAAAGCCAUUUGGUUCCUGCCUCUCUUAAAAGAAUUGGGAGACAGAAACACUUGUAGAUCCCAGUCUGCUUUCUGACCAUCCUGAUCGAGACCAUGCUGCCCUCAUCUCUAACAUCUAACAGGCCUUUUAGAGAUGGGAAAUGCAGGAGACUGGAAGAGAUGCGGUUCACCUUCUGCUUUUGCACCACCCCUUCCUCUCGUUUUACACCCCUCUCUGCUUCUCCUCCUCCUGCAUCUCUCCAGUACUGUCCGUAUGUUCAUGGCUCUGAAAUUCAGAUGCUUCCACCUAAAUGUGGAAUGUGCAUGGCGGACUCAGCACUGCUCAGUGAUGCAAGCUUUGUGCAAGCUCCACACAAUGACAUCCUCCUUAAAAUGCCCUUCCAUCUCACCGCCCACCCCAAUCCAAACGCAAUCCACAUUUUCCAUUUUUGUUGGGCUUUUCCCAUGCAGAUUUCCCAUGCAAACUUUCAAUGAGAAUUAAAUGGGAAAACAAUAAGGGACAGCAUCUUGGUGAGGAUGAAAUCAUGUAGCUAGUAGCACCAAGUCUGCGGCAAACUGCCUUAUAGAGGUGCCCUUAAUAGCUUUGGUUGCUUUUCCCCCUUCCACCCCCGCACCCCCACAAUGAAUUUCCCAUCUGAAAAAUGAGAUUUUCCACCUCCUUUCUCACCCCUCCCUGAGCUAGCUUUAAGACAUCUCUUGCCAAAUCGGUUGCUUACUACAGUGUUAGGGAUGCUCAAAUUAUGCCAUCCAGUUAUCUGUUGAGUUAACGUUAGCAUAGUUUCACAGGGCAGCAAUCGAAUGGUUCAGGUAAGAUAGCCAAUAAAAUAGUACAGAGAACUAUUGCACUAAUGUAGUGCUUUGCAAUCCUAUACCUGCUAAGUGUACAUAGGACUGCAGCCUAAUAAGUAUAUAUAUGUAUAUGUAUAUUUUCCUAUAAAGGGUAAGGGUGAAAUUUUGGAAAACUUUUAAACUCUGCCACUUUUUUAACAGAGCCUACCUCUAACUGGUGAUUUGAUAAAUACCUAGAAAUACGCCCUGCAUCUCUCCCCUUUCUGGUCUUAUCACCGCCUAAAACAUUCAGCAAAAGCACAGGACACAGUAUUCCCCGGACUCUACCACUUUGGAAUACAGGUGGUGGCAGGGAGACGGCUUGCUUAAAUCCCACCCACUGUCAGCAGUUACCUGAACAGGCCAGCACCACCCAAAAGUGAGAAGAGUUCUAGCACAGACUUCUCCCUGACAUGCUAGUUUAUGUCCAAGAUUUGUUCUUUUUUUAAAUGCCAGGGAGGAUUCAGGGCUUGCAGCCUGAAGUGAUACGCUUCGAGCAGCACUAUACCAAGUGCUUCUAAAAGAAGUUUAAAUCAGUUUGUAAGUAAAAUCCCAUAAGUGGAUUAGGUUGUUCAGCUGCUAGUUACAACUGAGCUGUUAUUCCCAUGACUGCAGUGGGACUCUCUGUCCCCCUGGCAUCUCAAUUAAAGUAAAAAUGCCCUGUUGUAUCUGGGGUGAUAAGUUUGCAUACAUUAACUUUUCCCUGCAAAAGUGCAAACCCAGGGAGGCCCAGGGCCACUCAAACGGAGAACAAAAUAUUUUGUUUGACUUUGCUCUAUGUUGGUGAGCAAAGGACUACCUAUUUCUGUAGAGGGUUUUUUCCUAUCUGUUUUUCUAUCAGCAAGGUUUUUUUAAAAGCCACUUUAUUGAAGACCAGUUGAAGUUGAUAGUGCCAGACCGUGUUCUCUUUAAAAUACACAUGUUAAGCACAAGCUCUUGUGCCAUCUGUGGUAGAUGUAGCACAGUGUAUUUCUUCUUCUUGACACCUGAGUGUGUAUUGUGCUCUGAUCAUUGUUCGGUUUUAUUCCAAGUAUUCCUAGCCACUGGGGUGGAGAGUCCCCAGUUCCUCUCUCGUUUGACCAAUGGCCGCAGCAUUUGAUGGGGCGUACCAGGAAUUUUGAUGUUGAGCACCGGAAUAACUUGAACAAGGCCACUAUCAUAACUGUAGAGUGCCUUUUGACUAGAGAAAAGCAUGUCCGAGUUCAGCCUCGCUAACCAAGACCAAAACUCUGCCGUUUCACAUAUUGGGCAGAAGUGGGAUCUGAGAAACCUGGUUGAUGCUGCAUAUUCCCCUGCAAAGUGGAAGUAAUUUGCAGUGGAGAAGAUGCGGAAGAGGUUCGGGGGCUUAACCCUUUGCUCAAGCACUAUUCUUCCCCUGCAGUCUCUUCUCCCCAGACUGCUUUUCUGGGGAAAAGCAGCUGGAAAGAGGAGAGGGGAUUGCAAGGGGCUGGAAGCAACAGUCAUUGCCCAUUGUUCUCUUCUGGGUCAUCUUCUCCGCUGCUUUGCAAGGGUAAUGUGGCGGUUCAUGCCCCCAGAGACACACACUCACACUGUGUACCACUGAAUGUGCAGCUCCAGUCCAAGAUCCGUUCUCCUACAGAAAUCCACCACGCUUACAAAAUGCUCCACUUGGGACGCAACCCUGAAGGAAAUGCUGUUUACCUGAGGCGAGCCGGACGUGAUUUACGCGAGUGAAUUCUCGCUUACCGGUUCGCGAGUGUUUCGAAUGGCUCCUCCCAGUUGGAUUUUGGAGACAUGUAUUUACUGGCCGGUGCAGUUGGGCUUUCUCGUGAGGCCUGGCUUCCCAGCCACCUCACCCCUCUCUCCUGAUAAGUAUCAGCAAAACUCCUCUGCCGAGAAGCCAGUGUUGCAGUUCCAUCCCCCACCCCAUUAGCCACUUCUGGCGAGUAUGUAGGAGAUAUGCCCACUUUAAAUACUUUGGAAGGCAAAGGAAGUUGGCUACUUGGUGGGAAGGAUAAAGGGGUGCUGCUCUUAUCCCGAGAGACAGUGGUUGAGCUACGGUGGUAUGAAUCUGGGUCCAGAAAAGAUUUUUUUAAAAACGAGCCAAUCUCAGGUUCACGGGAGACAGAAACCAUUGAUUUUUGCCACAAUGGUUGUGGAGCACCACACUGAUGUUGAUGAAAUGUGUGUUAGAUGCAAUUGUUUCUGUAUCCAGCUCUCCUCUGAGGGUGACUGAAGAAAUAGUGUAAACUGCUGUAAUAAUAUGAAAUAAAAAAUAAAAGGAGUACCAAACAGGGGAGGUUUAUGAAGAGGACGAACUGUUACUUGGUAGGAAGGCGAAAGACACCUUCAGUGCACUCCUGUUAUACUAGAUUUUUGAUGGAAAUGUGGCUCAGAGUUGGGCCGCUUAACACAUUCCGCAGAAGUGGCAGGAGGAGCCUUGCAUUUCAUUUCCUUCUGCCUCCCAGUCUAAAUAUCCCCCAGUGGGCUUUGCCCAGCACCUGCCGUUAGAAGCAAGCACAAUGAAGUCAUCUCAUGAUACAUCAUCUUUGGUUUCUGACCAUUGCUCCUACUUCUUUUAAAACAAUUAUGGAGUGCCUUGAAUUACCUUAACACUUGGUUGUUGCACCCUUUCAUAUAGUGGGGUUGUGCUUGUUGUCAGAAGUCCCCCCCCCACUAAGUUGCUUCAGAAUUUUGCUUCACCAUCACCUCUUUAUUUCCAGAGUUCAGAGGCAAGUGCCUUUAACGUAUGUUGCCAGAAUGGCGCCACCCGAGCUCAAGAGAGGAGGUAUCAGCAGGCUUAAGAGAUCGCCAAGGGUUGCAGAAAGAUGGGAAACCGGGGGGGGGGGGUACCCAAAACAGCACAGCUAGGAACGAGGGUGGUCAGUUGGCCCUGGAGUACUGACUGACUUGUGGGGGGGAAGGGGAUGGAAAGCCAGAGGGAGGUGGGAAAUAGAAUGGCUUAUCCUGGAUGAUGGCUUUCAGGUUCAGUGUUAUGUCCUCUGCGUUUCAGAAUGGCCCCCAAUAAUAAAUUAACAUUAGAAGAGCGUUUCUGUGUAUUUUGUAGAAUAGCUGUAGAGGACAUUGUUCACUGUGUCACCCAGUGAUCCUCUGUACAAAGAUCUAUUUGUGGGAAAAACAUCUGUCUUGAGUUUAGCCACAGGAAGAAUGUUGUUACAUCAAACGAGUUUGUGAGCUUUUCGCAGUUAAACAAGGAAAAUCACAUUACCAUGUGUGGUUCUGUAUUUAAUACAAAUAGAGAGCCAAAUUUGUGGCUUAACUCUCAACCUUUUUUAUCUGCCUUAUGGCCUAUAGCUAAUCAGAUAAAAUUCUUACUACUGAAAAGCAGAGCUAUAGCUUUGAACGGCCCAGAACUACUCCUUGAGAACUACAUUUGAAUCUAAAGCUCCAUAAUAGUAGCAACUAUAAUGUGGAUUUUCUCUCUUUUUUCCUCCCCAACCUGCAAGCUUAUAAAUUAAUACAAUAUAUUGUCAUAAAUAGAUAUCCACUAGGAGGGGAAGGAGUAUUU